UGCCCAUCUCGUACCUCGCCACCACUAGCAAGAACCUUAAAGUUUAAGAGAAGGUUGAUUGGAAAUGCUUUUGAUUAUUUUUGUCUCAACAUUUGAUUAUUUUUAUUAGAGAAUGACGGGGGCUAAGGAACAGAUAAUGGAUGUUCGGUCGGUGGUGGAAGCAGUAACAGCCGCCGGAGAUGAUGUUGAGAUUGAUACUCCUCUCUAUGUCGUUGAAAGCCUCUGUAUGCGCUGUGGUGACAAUGGUACAACAAGGUUUCUCUUAACACUGAUUCCACAUUUUAGGAAGAUAUUAUUGUCAGCAUUUGACUGUCCCCAUUGUGGUGAAAGAAAUAAUGAAGUGGAGUUCGCUGGUGAGAUUCAGCCUCGAGGAUGUUGCUAUAGCUUGCAUGUUCCAUCUGGUGAUCAAAAGAUGCUCGACAGAACAGUUGUGAAGUCUGAAAGUGCUACCAUCAAGAUCCCUGAACUGGAUUUUGAGAUCCCCCCCGAAGCUCAGCGUGGAUCAUUGUCAACGAUAGAAGGCAUACUGGUUCGAGCUGCCGACGGUUUGGAGGCCCUUCAAGAUGAACGGAAGAAAGUGGAUCCCCAGAUGGCUGAAGCAAUAGAUCGGUUCUUGAUAAAACUGAGAGCUUGUGCUUCAGGAGAUUCAUCCUUUACUUUCAUUCUUGAUGAUCCUGCUGGUAACAGCUUUAUUGAGAACCCGCUAGCUCCAUCUCCUGAUCCCUCAUUGAAAAUCACAUUCUAUGAGCGAACUCCUGAACAACAGGCAGCUUUAGGGUAUCUUGCGGACCCAUCACAGGUUGGAGGACAAAGGGAUGAGGUAUCAACUGAGGGGAUAAAUAAUGUUCCUCAUCACCUGCUAAAGGAACCACAUGGAUCAGUUGGAGCGAGAGCAGGACGUCAGGCUAUUGCUCAGGGUAACAGUGCAGAAAUAGCUGAAGCUCUAUUUCGAUAUUCAGCUCCUGAAGAGGUGAUGAUGUUUCCAUCAACUUGUGGAGCAUGCGCUGCGAGUUGUGACUGUAGAAUGUUUAUUACCAAUAUUCCAUACUUUCAAGAAGUAAUAGUUAUGGCAUCCUCUUGUGAUGCUUGUGGUUAUCGCAACUCUGAGCUGAAACCUGGUGGUCCUAUAUCUGAUAAGGGAAAGAAAAUUAAGCUUCAUGUGGAAAACAUUAAAGACUUGAGCCGUGAUGUGAUUAAGUCUGAUAGUGCUGGAGUGGAAAUUCCUGAGCUUGAGUUAGAGCUUGCUAGCGGCACUUUGGGUGGAAUGGUGACGACAGUUGAGGGUCUAAUCACAAAAAUUAGCGAAAGUCUUGAGAGAGUACAUGGAUUCACAUUUGGAGACAGUCUUGAUGAAGACAGGAAGAGCAAGUGGUUGGAUUUCCGAGCAAGACUAGACAAGCUUUUGAGCUUGGGACAACCGUGGACAUUGAUCAUCGACGAUGCACUUUCAAAUUCUUUUGUUGCACCUGCAACCGAUGAUAUCAAGGAUGACAAACAGUUAACAUUUGAAGAGUACGUAAGAUCGUGGGAGCAAAACGAGGAGUUGGGUCUUAAUGACAUGGACACCACCUCAGCUGAUGCUGCUUACAGUUCAGCAGAUGUUGCACCCAGUGAGAGAGCUGACAAUUGAUGAAUUUGUGCUUAGCGGUUUUCUUGUAUACUGCUCUGGCCUUGAAAUCUGAGGUUUGAGCUUCCUUUCGCCCCCAUGAAGUUUUGUUUCUUCAAUUGAUGAAAUCACCUUGAUUAAAUUUUGCGUGUUGGUCUUUCUUUUAGCUUUAUAGAUGUAAAAUUUCCAAGUUAUUAUUUUCCUUUUGCCUUUGGACAAGGUCAACCUCAUUCCAGCAGUGUUGAUUAUGAAUGAUGAAUUAUGGUAUACCUAUAUUUUGUAUUAAUGCAAAAUUAUAUGUAGUUUAUUGGCCUAUUUAA